AUGGGUUUUACAGCUGUUGUCCAUUCUCAUUACAGAAUUUUGCAAUUUAGCGAAUGUAUUAUUGUGACGUUUCCUUGCUCUCCAGCCCCAUUCAAUAAUUUUCGUAAUUUUCUCCCUACAUUUUUGGUCCAAGAUGCAAUCCGAGAUUGUUACUUUAAUUUGGUUGAAUAUAUUAUGGAUCAGGGAAGUGUCCGAUUACCCCUAGAUUCAAGCGAUGGAAUAAGGCUUGGCAAAGAAGACUUAUUCAGGUUUAGAAAAGGAAAAAAGAAUCCCAAAAAAGCAUAUGAAAAGAAAGAACAGAGGCAAUUUAUUGAAAAAAGUUUUGUAGAAAGUGAUAUCAAGCAUGGGGAAACCAAAAGACAAAUAGAAACCUCAAAUAAAGAUCAAGAAAAAGAAGGAAAGCGAAAAAAAUCGAAAAAAGAUAAAGAAAAGAAGCGUAAACAUAAAAAGAAGCACAAGACAAAAUCGCGACACGAGAGGCACAAACAUCAUAAUUCUGGGGAUAGCCGAAGGGAAUCUGAGUCUCCGAUAGCCACUUACUCGACUGAUCCUUACAUUCUUGAUUAUUCAUCUGAUAAAUUCGAUCGUCCAGAUUCAUCUGUUCUACCGUCCAUUUUAGAAAAAUAUGAUGCUAGAUCAGUAGAAACAAUUGAUAUAGCUGAACAAGGCGCUGAAUAUGAGAGCAACGGAGAGGAGAGGAUAAGAAGGCAUAAAACGAAGAGAAAAAGGAGGAAAAUUGAAAGAAUAAUAGAGGACGACAAUACAUCCUCAUGCGUACAGGAUGAUGAAUCAGGAAAGAAGAAAAAGCCGAAAAGAUAUAAAGAAGCAAAUGUGGAUCACUUGGAAGCGAGGACUACUGCAGAAAUUUACAAGUGUUUGGCCACAAGGGAGCGUCUACUAACUGCUCUGGUGCGUCUUCGUGAAGCUCGUCUUUCGCGAGCUGUUGCUCAAGGUGAUUUGCAUUGUCCCUUAUCUCUAUUCAUUUUCUUUUAA